CAAUCACAAACGGUGUACUCCACAUUCCACACUUGUAAUAGUGUAGCUUGUCUGACACUAAAGAAGGAGAUGAUAAAAAAGUAGAAGGGCGAAGAGCAACGUUAUCUGUUCGGAAAAGUUAAAAAUAUUGCGAUUAAUGAAAAACUACCGAAAAUACUCCGAGAAAUCAGUGAAGAGAUUUAUAAUGCUCUUUGUUCUUCUCUACGACAUUCUCUUUAUAUAAUUAUUCAUCGUUCUAGCAUCGUGUGAUUGUUUAAUAUAAUUUUUAAUCUUGCGCUAUUCUAUCGGAACUGUGGGAAUAACUUUUCGUCUCAUCGAUUUGACACUAUAAAAAAUUUCUUUACGAAUGGAUAUUUAUAACAGAUAGCAAUGGAAGGCCCAUUAGAAAUAAAAAACUCUAGUGCAGACAUUGGACAGGAAGAGCCUAUUAAAUCUGAAGCUCCUGUACAAAAUCCUAAUAGUAGCGACCGAAGCGAUGGUGCUACCUCUCCACCACCAAAUUGCAGCAUUUGUCUAGGAAAAUUAGUUAACACAUCUUUUACGGACAGUUGCUUACACCAAUUUUGUUUCAAUUGUUUACUCGAAUGGUCUAAAAUAAAAACAGAAUGUCCUCUUUGCAAGCAAACAUUCAAGUCGAUUAUACACAGUGUGAGAUCGGAGGAAGAUUAUGCUCAAUAUCAUAUACCUCGAGAAUUAGCAUCUCAAAUUUCUCAACCACAAGUUGCUUUGGAUUUCAACUUUGGCAUCGAUGGCAAUUGGGACGUUAUUCCUCGUCGAUUUCUCUACAGGACGACAAUGACUGGCAACCGCCGGCAUGGUGUACUAUUAAAUCCAGACCAAGUUACAAGACGCGAGCAAUUGCCUAGUAUGGCACCUCAAGUGCCUAGAGAAGAGCGCAGACGUAGACGCGCUAAUCCUACAGAUUAUCGUCGUACCGUUUACAGACAUGGUAUAUGGGCUACUUCAUUACCUGAUAUAUUUGGACGUUUUCGCGAAUGUAGUGCCGAGUACUAUAGAAGACAACCACAAGAAUUAGAUCGUCUUAUACCAUGGAUAAACAGAGAGUUGCAAGUUUUACUCAAUAACGAACCAGGCAUUAUUGCGUAUGCAUUGAGCAUAAUAAUGAAUGCCUUAACUCGAUUUGAUAUUAGAAGCCCUGAAUUUCGAAAUAUUGUACAACCUUUCCUCGCUGCGCAUACGGAUCAUUUUGCACACGAAUUAUUGAAUUUUGCCCAAACCAACUUUGAUUUAGUUGGAUAUGAUCAAUCUGUUACUUAUUUACCACGUGGUUUGUCAAAUGAAUAUACAACCCGUAUUCUAUCACCUGCAUCUAGUAGCAGUAGCAGUAUUACUUCUGAUAACUCGGAUGUACGGAUACUCGAUGAAGCGAUUGAUUUAAGAGUAAAUACUGAAAUGCCAAUAUUGCCCACAAUACCAUACAUUCAUUCUAUUAGCAUACCAGGACCUAGUACAGUCGGACAAGUAUAUCACAGAGUAGAAACACCUUAUGAUAUACCAGAACUCUUAAUCGUUUCGUCGAGUUCCUCUGAAUCAGAUGGUGAAUGCGAAAUAAUUGGCUAUGUGAAACCACGUCAUGAAAGAACACCAGAAAUCAUAGAACUACUUUCUUCUGAUUCUGAGCAUUCUGUUUCUCAUAUAUCUAAUGGAAAUGCACAAUCGAAUCCAAACAGACCAUGUCCAGAAAAUUUGUCACUACCAAGUACAUCUCACACUGUAAAAGGAUCAUCUAUAUCAUCUUGUUCAACGAGUAGUGAUUCUAAUUCUGACGAUAAUUCAAAACAAAGUAAACGAAAUCAUGCUAGGAAAUCAGGAAAAAAGACAGUCGUACAAAAAUAUAAAAGAUCAUAUGAGACAGAAAAUCGCAAUAAACGAAAGAGAGUAUUUAGUUCUGAUUCUAGCUCGUCCGAAAGUUCAAAGAAUGUAACGAAAUGUAAUGAAAAACGAUCGAGAAAGACAACAUAUAGCGUACAGGCUAAAGGUACAGGGAGAAUAAAGCUUAUUAAAAGAGAGGAAAGUUAUUCGGAUGAAGAUUCAUCUAGUAGUGACAGUAGCAGUGUGGAAAUUGAUAAUAAAACGAAAAUCACUAAGUGUCGUAGACAACAUAAAUCGAAAAGGAAUCGUUCCCCCAGUGUAAACGAUCAUGCAGCGAAAAGUGGAAGAACAACGAGAAACAAGGAGAAAGCAAUGGAAAAGUUGAAGUCCAAAAGUAAAGAUCAAAAGUGUAAUGAAAGCAGACAAUCCAGAUCUAGAAGUAGCAGUGAAUCUUCUAAUGCUUCUGAACGAGAUAAACGGUCAAGUUAUAGACAUCGUGAAUCUCGAAGCGAGUAUCAAGAAGACAGUGCCUCAAUAAAAAAUAAAGAUAUGCCAAGAAAUGAACAUAAGUCUAAAUCAAAAAAGAAAGCAUAUUACUUUGAGUCUUCUGAUUCAGAGGGUCAUUUAAGAUCCAAUAGUCAAUGUAGUAAUCAUUCUAAUAGAUCUUAUCUGCGUUGGAGAAAAUCAAAACAUAAAGAGAAACAUAAAGAUAAGGAGCGUCACAAAUCCAGGAUAUUCAAUUUAUCACAAUCGAAUGCAAGUACAAUCUUAACAAUGUCCAUUUCAUCGAAAAAUGACACGAAACAUUCCGAUCGUAAUAAUUCCGAUUAUAAAGAAAAACAUUCGCGCAAAGAAUCGAAACAUAGAAAGCCUGAAAAUGAAAAGAAGUCGAGAUCAAAGAAAAAAAAGCGACGUAUGCGAUCUUCUUCCGCCUCUAAUUCAGGAUAAUAUUAUAUGCAUCGCGAUUUAUAUUAGUCAAUAUUAACAUUAUGUAAUAAAAAUUUCAAUUUAAGAUAAUAUUUGAGUUUUCAUAGUAAGAAAAAUUUAAUAUGUAAUUUAAUUAAUUUCAUGUGAAUGUAGUUUAUAUUUCAUUUCGCUCAUACACAUAUUAUACAAUCAUAAAUAGAUAAAUUUUAAUUCAAGAUUCUAAAUUCACUUUGUGAUUACACACUUCAUACACAUACAAAUUUGUUAUAUUAAAUCACAAGUAAUGUGUUAAAAGAAUAUUUAUUAAUAUUCCUUUUCUCAAAAAUUAGCAUUCAUAUAUUUUGAGAGUUUAUUAUAUUUGCUUGUGGUAUAAAAAAUAGUUCUAUUCACAUUAUAAAGAACAAGCAACAUUCUAAUCAUGAAAAAAUAUGUAUAUACUAAAUUAAAACACAUUGGAAUUUGGACAUAAAAUAUACAAUCAUACUAUUAUAAUAUUGAUGCAAACAUUGUUGCCAUAUAAUGUAUUAUGCAAGAUAUGUUGAAUUAUCACGGUAUCUUUCAUGGGAAUAAUUUUGCAGCACUAUAUAUAUAUAUAUAUAUAUAUAUAUAUAU